UCCACACAGCGUUCAUAUAGCAGACGAAGCUUGCGGAAAAGCAGAGCGAGCUGCCUCAGAUGUUCCUGGAGUUUUCCAAAGCGAUCCUGAUACAUGGCUUGGCUCUGAGUAACGCCGUUGGGAAGCUAAUUGAGGACAAGCGGAAUAGAAAAUUAACAACUGGAUGGAAAGGUAGACAUAGUUAUAUGAUGUAAGGUAUCAUUACUUGCGUGGCUCGUGUAAUUUGAAAGAUCUCCAUGGUCCGAGUGACAAUAUCCUGGACGGUCUCCUGUCCGAUCCGACACAGGAACACAGGGGAGAUCUCCCUCAGGGCACCCUGGGGUGGCAUUGGUUGCUGACCUGCGACUAAAGCGCCACUGGGGGGCAUGUGAGGUUGCUGCUGCUGCUGCUGCUGUGGGGGCAUCCCUGCCAUGCCUGGCUUCUGUGGUAAUGAUGCUGCCAUCACUAAAAACCCAAAAGCCAUCAGUGCAACAGAGACGUGGCCACUAUAAAAGGACCAGCAAAAACUGGGGGACAGGCGUUCCGCUAAAAGAAACCAAAAAAAGACGACUAUGGAGAAAACACCAAAGGUUGUCUUCUCUGUGUGGUUGAUCUUCAUGACGGCAAGCUGGACUGAGGGUCAAACAGUAACAGCAUGCACCUCCUGUACAAGUGACUCAAGCUUCACCCAGCAAGAUAUUUCCAUCUCACCUCCAGCAAUCACAACCACAACCAGCCGCUCUUCUACUCUCGCAAACGACCACAGUGGCGAUGCAUCGACCACAACACCACAUCUCUCAUCAUCCACCUCGGUUUCCACCACAGAUGUCAUCCCGACAUCAAGUCAACACACAGAAUCGUCCGGAACCACUCAGAAUCCUGGGGAGGAACCAUCCACCUCUUCCCCAAGUAGGACCAACUCUCCCAGGACUUCAGCCAUAACAUUAAAAGCAGGGACCUGUUCUUUGUUUCAGUCCUGUAGUCCAGUAUUGGUGGCUGUCAUUUCCAUUGUACUCUACACUGCAUGAAGUGCUAAACCACA